UAGAACCAGUGUUGUAUUGACUUGCUGGGAACGGAGACGUGUUUCGAGCCAAGAAUUCACGCAAUGCGUAAACCGAUUCAACAAUUGCAGUUUUAUUCAGUUUUUUUUAGUCAAAUGUUUAUCUCUGUUUUGUGACGCUUAUCAAUAUUUUAAGAUGUUUUGGAGUCUGUUUAUUGCUUUUCUUUGUGUCUCGUCUACGUAUCAGCGCUCAACUCCUGAGGAUACCAGCUACACGGCAGCGGUAGUCGAGUAUCAAGUGCAAUCAAAUUCAACCAUCAACUUGAAAAAUUACGUUGUACUAAUUCAAGAUGCCAGUGCGCAGGGUGCAGAUAUCGUGGUGUUUCCUGAAAUGACGCUGACAAGAAGAGAGAGUGUGGUUGUACCGAUCAAUGGUACACUAAAGGAGUACCCUAUUCCAGCGUUACAACCUGAAAUGUAUGAUGAGAUCCUGGUCUCCAUAUCAGAAGCAGCUAGACAAAACCAGAUCUACGUAGUUAUCAACGUACAAGAGGUUCUUAACUGCACUGACGAUGCAACAGUGGAGUACUGUCCGGAACGGAAGCUGUAUUUGUUCAACACUAACGUUGUUUUCGACCGAAAUGGAGCUGUAAUUGACAGAUAUCGUAAGAUCAAUCUAUUUGGUGAAGCAACACGGACGCCUGCAUUGACGCCUGACUUAGGAAUAUUUGAGACGGACUUUGGUGUAACGUUCGGUCACUACAUAUGCUUCGACCUCAUGUUCCAAGUGCCAGCUGUGCAAGUGGUCGAGAAGAAAAACAUCACGGAUAUCGUAUUUACGACGAUGUGGUUCUCAGAAAUGCCUUAUUUAACUGCUGUUCAAAUUCAACAGGCGUACGCACAUUCUAUGAAUGUAAAUUUUCUUGCAUCCGGAGCUAACAAUGUAGGCGUUGGUAGUGCAGGGUCAGGUAUCUACUCUGGAAAAGCUGGUGCCCUAAUAAGUAUUAUGCCAGGAGUACCGACCACAAGAUUGCUCGUUUCUAAAGUACCUAAAGUUCCUGGAGAGGUGGAGGGUACAUAUCCAGGUCCAAUUUACGAUGAUCCAUCCACCCAUGAUGACUUGAUUCUGAUAACGGAUCCAUCUUUGCCUUCUCACGUGACGAGGUUGCUGAGGGAAGAGUCUGAAGACUUUACACUUUUCGAUAAAGAUGUCUUGUGUCACUUCCAAGUUAAGUUGCGCAAAAGGGCUGGAGCAACAAAUUAUAGAUACAGAGCCGCAGCCUUCAGUGGUGUGCGAAGCUACAGCGGCGUAGCCACUGGUGGAACUAGAAUGUGCUCCGUAUUCGCUUGCACCGGAGACACUAUUGAUACUUGUGGAAAAAGAUUCGAUAAAUUCGAACCGAAUACAACAGGAAUUUUUGACGAACUUCGUAUUACUGCAACUGUACCAGAACCUACAGUCAACGAGGGACUUAAUGCAAGCGAAGCCGCUUACUUCCCAAUAUCAUUAGACACAGCAAUCAUGCCUCUGAAAACAAAUGACUAUACUUUUGAAAAAAUAACAAUCUUUGACAUAGUAACUAUUAUUACAAUGGAUUUGAAGAAUUUUGAUGCUGAAUUAUAUACAUUUUCUGUUUGGGGUAGACAAUACACAACGGAUGGUCAAACAGCUACUCCACCGGUUGAACAAAACGAUGACGAUGGUAGUAGUACUGAUACCACAGUGCCCCCCGCCACAACUGAUGAUGAUAAUGGCCCUGGGGCAGCAGUGACGAACAGUAUUAGUGUAACAUUAUUAGUGGCAGUUAUAAUGAUACUUUUAUGGCAAUGAUUUAAGAUUACGCCAUCUUUAAAUAAAAAUAUACGCGUUACCUUAUUAUUGGCUGUUCUUAGGAGUAAUUUUUAUUUAUUAAACUGCACGAACACUUGAGUGAAGUUA